UCUCAGCUGCUACGAAAUUCGUAGCGAAAUACGUGCCGUUGUGUGUUGAUAUAUUCUAAACUUUGUCUAUCGUUGAUCCAAACAAAUGUUUAAAUUCGUUUCUAAAGCGAUCGGUGUUUGCGGGUACAUUAUCCAGUAUGGUUGCAUUACGCAUUGCACCUUCGAGUACAUCGGCGAUUUUGUUGUGUGCGUCGGACCUUCGAUGGAACCCACUCUGACGACGAAUAAUGUGCUCAUUACGGAUCGCAUAUCGCCCCGGCUGGCGAAGCUGCAGCGGGGCGACAUAAUCAUCACCAAGAGCCCCACCAAUCCGGUGCAGCACGUCUGCAAGCGUAUCAUCGGAAUGCCGGGUGACCGCAUCAUGACCCGCGCAUCGUUCAACCUCAAUCCCCUGUCGAAUACGUACACGAUCUACACGACGGUGUUGCCGAACGCAAGCGUUGAACCGGAACAGCACCAACUGUCGCCCAAAUCGAAACAGCACUACGAAGCGCUUGCAAAGCUACGAGAAAAGGUUGACUAUGUGAGCCACUCGGUUGAGGAACCGCGGGGGAAUCUCCCACCGGAACAACCUCAACACUCCACGGCGGAUCUGCACGGGAAGGAAGAAGAAACGUCCCACCAGGAACCACGGACGAGCAUCGUCAUCGUGCCCCGGGGACACCUGUGGAUCGAGGGUGACAAUGUGCAAAACAGUUCCGACUCACGCAACUACGGUCCCGUUCCGAUCGGGUUGGUCAAGAGUCGCGCCGUGUGUCGUCUUUGGCCGUUGAGUGAAUUUAAGCUGUUCGUUUAGGCGCAUACCGUGUAAUGUGCGGUGGAUGGUUGCACUUCCGCUAAAUUGUUUUGCAUAUUGAGAUAUUAAGAUUAAAAUAGGUAAAAAAUAGUUCUCACACCAUAAUGGAAGCAACGUUCGUUCGUUU